UAAUUUAAAAAAAUAUUGUUAUUACACUAGAGAACUCUGGAAACAUUAAUUGCUUCUUAUUCCAUUGUUUAAUUAUUUAUUACAAUUUAAAAAAACAUUUAUUUUAUAUAUAUAGGCCUAUAUUUAUUUAUUUUUUAAAAUUGCAAAAUAAAAAAUGAAGAGACUUGAAACCAAAACAUUAUAGCAAUAAGUUCUUACCCGGCAAAAUCCCAGGACAAUACAAAAUAAAUAAGACAGUGUCAGUCAGGCCUUACACAGCCAUAAAUUCUUACACCUAAAACAUUUGAAGGGGAACUAUGCCAAUUUUCAAAAUCCAUACAUGUUAUUCCUUUGGUCUAAGACAGUCCAAAAAUAUUAGUAAAUGUAAACAACACUAGAGUACUAAAACUCAAAUUUGUGAUGUUAUAUGGUCUAAAGCCUGGCGGUGCUCCAUAAACAAUAAAUUGGGGAAGAUAAUAAUAGUAAAUUUAUUUGUAUAGCACAGUUCAUACAGCAAGUGCAACUCAAAGUGCAUUACAUAAUAAAAUGAUAGUAUAAGACAGAGUAAAUCAAAUUCGAUCACACACUCACACACACUCAUGCACAUAAAACGUGUGAAUUAGGUUUGAUACCAAUUAAUUAACUAAAAUGAAAGUAAAAAAAAAAAAAAAAACGAUAAGUUUUAAGAUUUCGUUUUUUCGUUUGAAGCUGUCUACUGAAUCACAGAGUCUAACAUCCUCUGGAAGACUGUUCCAGAAAUGAGAGUCAGUGACACAGACCUCUAGGGGACAUUUAGCAGACCAGACGCGAAGCAUCUUACAGAUCUGGAGUGACUAUAUAUAUGACCAACAUAUCAGAUUAAGAGUCAGGGGCCAGUCCAAGAUGUUAGAGAUGACACUGAGAGCAGCCAGCCAAAUGUUUUAUUCUGUGUCAGACCUGAUAAAACUACAAGAAAAAAGCUAAUUUGAGCAAGAAAAUAAAUAAUAGAAACAUUCUGCAUGUCCACAAAAUCUGUUUUGAUGCCAUCAUAAGUUUGAAACUGAAACUACUUCUCUGCUUCCUGUCUUUGACAAAGAGUAGCUCAUGUUCACAGGCCAUGGAAAUAUUAUAUUGGAAUUCUUCAUUUAGGUGGUGUUCCCCCUGUAACACAGCUUUGAAAGAAAAACAUCGCUCACAACAAGAUUGUCACCUGGUACUUGCUUUGGCAGACUGUAAGUUUAUACCUGCUACGACUCUGCACCUCAGAUGUAAUGUAAUAACCUACUGGUGGAGAGGGGGCCAGGAAAUUGUGAGAGCUCCAUGGUUGUGGUUUCCUUGUUUGGAACUAAUGUCACAGCCAAUGUUAGUCCCUAAGUAAGGAAAGAGCUGUUCAACACAGUCGGCUAAUAGCUAAAAUUACACAACAGGAAAGGGAAAGAAUAGUAUUAUAGUAGUAGUAGUGGUAGUAGUAGGUUACAUUAGGAAGGAAUGCAAAUGUGUUGUUUUUGGUUUUACAAACUGUAUAAGAGCAGACAGAUCCUUUUAGUUAAUUAAUCUUUCUUUUAGCCCAUAAACCAAAGUUUAACAUGGGUAAAAAUAUUAUAAUUUUAAAUGAUUUUAAUAAAGUUUUCACUCAAUUUUUUGGUGACCAUUUUAAGCCUCUCUACAUCUCUCUCCUGCUGCAAGUAACCUAAAUUUAACCCCUGACACACCGUCAUCUGAUUAAUGCUGCCUCACAUAAAAAAAAGAGAACUUUCCAGCCGUCAUAUUUUUGCAUUAUUAUCCAGAAGGCACCACUCCUCUCGCUUCCUCUGUUAUUCCCACACAUCACGUGAGUGGGAGCGCGCGGCGCAAAGUUAAACGAGCGCGCUCAAAGUCAAAUGUAACAAAACAACUGCGCAUCAAACAUCCGGUUGUGUUUACAAAAUAAAACAACGCUUUGCAAGUGUUGGUAAGUUGCAUAGAUCUACUCCACUGACUCCAUGUCAUCACUGACAUUGACAGUACACGAGAGGGGGAUCUCUGUCAAUUAUGUACACGAGGAAUGAUGACAGCAACCAAAACCUGGUGACAAACAUGUUCUUUAAUAUGUUUUUUUCUUAGAGAUGAACAGCUUUUACUUUGAAAGUUAAUUUUCUGCUGAAAACCAGGUUGCUGUUGCUGGGAAUGCACAGGGUGUAAAAGUCAAAGCAUGUACCUGUGCUGACACACUUGUAAACCUUGGCUCAUUAAACCUGUCUCUGUGUGCUGAGCCAAAAGACAGUCAUCAGUGCAACAACUCAGUAGCUAUAAAGAGUUAUUCAGUCACUAUGCUGUUACAUUUCUAACCAACUACACACUACAUACAAAGCAAAUGCUCAUGCCAGAGGAGGUCAAGGCAUGGAAAGAAGUAUCCUGUGAAACAAGAUGACUGUGAGAGCCAUGUGCUUCGGCCUGUGUGACCAUGCACCACAGGCAUUUUAGAAAAGCGUAGGCUAAAUGUAUCACAAAUUACAAAUUAAAUGUGCAAAACUAAGAAAUAAUUCAGUUUUGAUAUUGCUCACUUUUCCUCUCUCUGUAUAACUGUUCCUUGAAAUUGGCCCCUUUCCUGCCGGGAAGUUUAUAUUCCUGUUCAUGAGGUCAUUUCUUCCUGUAAUUUAGCAUGUGAGCUUUCUGGUGUGUGUGCGUGUGCGUGUGUGUGUGAGUAUGUGUGUGUGUGUGUAAUGGGGCACUUCCUUCCUUUAUGUCCAUCUGGAUAAGAGAAACAGCAGCAUAAAGGAAACUGUCAAGUUAUUGAGAAAAGGAAAAGAAAGUAAGAGAAAGAGCGAGCUGAUGGACUCCGGGCGCCUGACAACAAUUUAAGCAAGCAGUUUCCAAUGAAGCCAGGCAACAGCUUCCACACAAGCUAUGACUUUAUCUGAACAGAGGAAGUAAAAUCGACUUGUGAUGAAUCUUGCUGUUACAAGCAGACAUGCGUUACCUUCUCCUCGGUGUCAUCAGCUGUCUCUGCCUUCUUCGCACUGGUCUCAGCGUGGAAGAAUGCAGCCAGGAUGUUCUGGCAACGCGUGAGACAAUUGAUGUCCCAGCAGGGGGCAGUCAGUCUCUGUCUUGUGUGGUCCAGCACUGUGGAUACUCCUGGAAAGGUACCUGGAUACGAACUAAUUUGACAGGAGAAGAGUUAAGCGUAAGGCACCGUGUGACGAAUAUGAUGCUCUCAGCCAAUCAAACUAAAUUAAUUUUAGAUUUACUGAGUGUCACCCAAUUAGAUGAAGGUUCCUAUGGAUGCAAAGUUAAAUGGGCUAAUGGUGAAACUCAGCAGGGACAUCUGAAAUAUGUGAACGUCACUGCAGCUGUCACCUCUCAGAGGACUGUAUUGCACAGGGUUCUGGUCUGUGCCAGUGCUUCUCUUUGCCUUCCCAUCAUUCUGGGAUUGGCUUAUUGUCUGAGUUCAAAAGUCAAGCCUCAGACACUUCCCAGGACGCUAUCCACUCAUGCAGCUGUAUACACAGAUCAACCACACCCGGCUCCACAGCCUCCACCUCGAUGCCCUGUACCACAGAAACAUAGCAAAUCCCCUCGCAAAGCUGCCCCCAAGUCCCGACAAAAGACUGAGGUGGUGUAUGCAGACAUCUCCCAGGAUGCACUGAGACAGGGAGCCACCAGAGCACCUGACCAGUCCACUGUGUACUCAUCCCUCAGAUUUUCCUGACUGCAGUUGAAAAAUUGUCUGCUGAGGAUCAGUUAUGUGGGACUUGCUUGAUCUUUGAUGUCUUCGGGAGGCAUUCGAUAAAGACUUGUGUAACCUGGGAGCUUCUCAUUGCAGGACUGCAUCUGAGACAUUCUGACUGUUGUUUGACUUCACCCACGUUUUGUAUAAAACCAUUAAAGCAGAGGACAAAAUAAGACCCAAAAUAAUCCAGCAGAGUCAUUUUUGCCUACCCAUGUAUGUGGACUGUCCUAAAUACGCUCUGACGUGGAAGCAGUGACUGUUUUAAGUGCCAAAAAUCCUCCAUGUGCAGGUAGCAUAAUAGACAGCAAGUGAAGCAGAUAAUGAGGAGAUAUUGCAGCAUGCAUCAACCAGCUGAACCACCCUGAGGUGCUGCGGGGAGAAAAAACUCAGCUUUGUGGCGUCAUUUCACAGAUGUCACCACUUUUGUUGUUUGGAAAUAUGACUGCGGACAAGCAAAACACUCAGUGCAGUCCGACCAAUUUAAAGGUAUUGCAGUUUUUAAAAUGUGAAGCAAAUGCUGUAUGAUAAUGUUUCUGAUGUGUGUGAAUAAAAACACUGUUGUGUUGA